AUGACAGAUAAGGAUGGUGGCACUGAGAUGUCGUUUGUAGACGGUGCAACUGAAGGGCAAACAGCCGGUUUCGCCGAUGCACCCACCAGCAACCCCAUGGGUAACGCCGCAAUGAUUGACCCUCAAUCCUUCGUCAGUAAGGCGUGGGGUUUCGUAAGAUUUCCUGCUGAAGCCGUGAGGCAGCAGCUCAAUCGCGUGCGUCCGUGGAGCCAAUUCUUCGACAGGGAACAAUUUGCCUCGCCAGAAGGGUUUGGUGAUGCGGUCUCGCGACUUCGCUGCAACGUGGUGCACUUCUAUCACAACUAUUUCGUCGUGGCGCUACUCGGAUCAUUAAUUGUCCUGAUAGUCAAUCCAAUGUUUAGUAUAUGCAUGUUUCUCAUGCUGCUAAUGUGGGCAUACACUCACAAAAAGCAGAUGGAGGCGGCGGAGACAAAUGUGAACCACUUGUUGAUAGGAAACUACGAGAUUUCGUUUUCCAAGGCGUAUAUUCUCAUUAGCAUUUUUGGCAUAAUAUCCUUUUUCUUGUUUAACGGCAGUUCUGUUAUGUUCUGGAUGUUUUUUGCUUCAUUAGGCGUUGCAACCGUACAUGCGGUGUUACGCAAACCCCAUUCGGAGAAUGAAUUGGCCCAUUUUGUGUAG